AUGGAAUUGAACGCUUCAUGUAAACACAUCCUCACAGCACUCUCCGAGGACCAAUAUUUUGAUGAACAAACAUUUAAACAAUUAGUCAAUGUAUCGAUACUCUCAAUUUUGAAAACAUCAACCAAGCCACUUUCCGAACAAAUUCAAGAAAUGAUUUCCAACAAUACGACACCUCUUGUUCCAACAACAUUUGAUCAAAAGGCUGUACAAUCGGCAAUUGUUUAUCUUUUAUUGGAGGCUUCUAAACAUGAUAUGGCUGCUAUUGAACUUACUCACUUGUUGGAAGAUCACUUUGUGAAUCGUCAACGAUUGAAUUAUCUUUCUCAGGAAUAUGAAACUUAUAAGAAGGAUAUCCGUGAAUGUGUUUUAAAACAAAAAACAUUUUCCUUCCCUGAAAUUGUUCAAUUGGAUUGGAGAUUGGACUAUGUUUUGAAAACUAGUGAAUUGAAACAAGUACAUGAACCUGUUUACACACUCCGAUUUAAAUGUAAGGAUGGACAAGAAGCAACAAUUUCAUGUAAUGCGGAACAAUUACAAGAUUUACACUCUAAAAUUAGGGAUGCUACCAAGCAAGUUGAAAGAACAUUUGAACAAAUGUAA